AUGACCCACCCUUACGAACACCCGAAGGAGAAGGCGAAGGCCCCUCCCUGCGCGUCCUCGUCCACGGCCACGCUCGUGGCGAACAGCAGCUUCUCAAAGUCCACAAUCACGCUUGUGGGGGGCAGCGACUUCUCGGCGUCCAAAUCCAUGCUUGUGGCGGAAGAGAAGGGGAAGACUCCUCUCUCAGCGUUCCGGUCUACGUCCACGCUCGUGGAGGACGAGACGAAGAAGAUCUUUUCGUGCGCGUUGGUGGCGGAAGAGAAGGAGAAGGGCCCUCCCUCCGCAUCCUGGUCCACGGCCACGGCGGACAAGCGCUUUUCAGCGUCCACAUCCACGCUCGUGGAAGACGAGACAAAGAAGAUUUUUUCGUCCGCGUUUGUGGCGGAAGAGAAGGAGAAGGAUCCUCCCUCUGCGUCCGCGCACGCGUCCACAUCGGACACCGGCCCCCAAAGUCGCGCGCCUGCCGCCGCUGGGGCCAUAGGUAAAGCCAAGGGUCGGAGUGACAUCCAUGGUUGCUAUGACGUGUACAAGACCGUGUUGGACGGGCUGAGCAACAACAGCCCUGCAAACAAACAGGAAGGGUUGCUGGUACUACCCCCCUCCGCCGUGACAGUGUUUGAACGUCUGGAUAAAUCGGCGUCAUGGACGGUGUUGGAUGGCCCCGACAGUAUUGCAGAAAGUCGCACGAAGUCGCCUUCGCAAGAUUCGAAAGCGUGGACGAACGCCCGUGCCUCCUCGCCCCCCGAGCGCUGUCCUCCGCCCAAAUUACCUUUCAAGGAACCCGGCGCGCGGCACAGAGGGCGCAGGAUGCAGGAAUAUAUCUUCACCGAAGAUGACGAGGCAGAUAUCAGGAAGUAUAGCGAACAGGCUCGGGAUCUUCGGGAACAGAGGCAGCGCACAGCUAUGGAAGGCCUCCCCGCGUCUGCCACUACGAGCCAGUCUAUGCAGGGAGGUGGGGUUUAUGCGGGCGAAGAUGAACGCUCGUAUGGCGGCCCUCCAGUUCAACGUACAUUAUUUCUUUCGCGGUCACUCUACCGCAAAGGGGAGCCCAAUGCCGGGACGCCUCAUGCCCUUGACUCUCAGCUAGUUUCUCGCAGCAGAAUCGAAAAGGUCUGGGAGGAUCAGGGUGCCCGAGAUGGGGCUGACUCCAGCGACGGCGAGAACUCGUUCGAAACCGCCGCCGAGGGCGAUAUGCCCGGCGAUGACCCAACUGUCGACGGAACGGGUCAUCGCGCAGACGAGAAACGGCACGAGCGAUAG